AUGUAUGUGUGCUAUGGCGGCAUGCAGUUCGUUGCCUAUCGCGGGUUUACGCAACUGCAGCACCAGCUCCCCAGCGCCGUGAAGGACAGGAUCCCGAACAGUGCAGAGAGCUUCAUCUCCGGCGCCGCAGCCGGCGCGGUAGCCACGACGGCGACCUACCCGCUCGACCUGCUACGCACGCGGUUUGCCGCGCAGGGGACGGAGCGCGUGUACCCUUCAUUACGAAGCGCGUUCCGCACAAUCAGCCGGGACGAGGGCGCACGAGGGUAUUUUCGGGGUCUGUCCGCCGCCGUGGGCUCGAUCGUGCCUUACAUGGGCCUCUUUUUCACCUCGUACGAAUUCUUCCACACCCACUUCGCGGCACUGCAGCUCCUCCCGCUCAGCUCGGGCGACGCCGCUGCAGGCGUGAUGGCUAGCGUGUUGGCCAAGACUGCCACCUUUCCGCUGGACCUCGUCCGGAAGCGCCUCCAAGUCCAAGGCCCAAUGCGCACGAGAUAUGUGCACACCAACAUCCCCGUCUACGCCGGCGUGUGGCGCGGUCUUUACGCCAUCUGGCGGAAAGAAGGGCUCAGAGGCUGGUAUCGUGGACUGACAGUCAGUCUGAUCAAGGCCGCCCCAGCGAGCGCGAUCACAAUGUAUGUCUAUGAGCGCACGCUGCAUGGGCUCAUGGCGACAAGUAAAGAGGAUAACUUGUGGGAGUGCUAUGACGCUUAUUCCGAUUACGACGAUGAUUGA